GCUCGAUGGUAAAGGAGGAGGAGGGGAGGAGAAGAGAAAACCACAGGGCACCAGUGGCGGCAGGGGUCUCAGGACAGAGAUCUUUGGCCAACUCUGUGUGGCCCUGGACAAAUUACUUCCUCUUAUUGGCACUUGGUUUCCUUGUCUGCAAAACUGGUUUGGGCGGGAUCUCGAAGGGCCCUUCCGUCUCUGACACUCACUCUAGUAGAUAAGCCACAGACUUUCCCUAGGACGACGAGGGGACAAUGUAAAGGGGAAGGUCUCGGGUGUGCAGUUCACUGAACUCGGCCAGAGGUAACCGCCACCCAGGGAUGCUUUCGUUGCCACGACAACCGCCGCGCUGGCGUGGUCCCCAGAUUGCCGCUGGGGAACCUGGGAGGAGCCUGCCCUCGCCGUGAUGGCGGCGGCGCCAGGGCGAAGGGCGGGGUUCGGCGCUGCGGCCGGGCCAUCCUUGGUUUCCGCUCUUUCGUACCAAGGCGAGCUGCCGCGGGCGCUCUGCUCUUCCCUGGUUCUGAGUCGGGGCGCGGGAAGGGAAGGCUGGCCGGCAGGGAUUGGGGCACGUGCCCGGGGGCGGGACUUCCGCGGCCCGCCGGAAGUGACGCGACAGUCGCGGCCGCCGCCAGGUGGAACGGCAGGUGGUUCAGGUGCCAACCCGGCCCCGGCCCCGCUGUGGGACCGACUCUCCGCUGAGCGACAGAGGCAGCUCCAAGGGCCUGGAGACCCGUGGGGCGGGCUCUGGGAUCCGAGCCCACCGCCCUGGCCUGGAGUCCCUCCCUGUACCUAUUCCCCAUUCCCCUGUCGGGCUGGGCAGUUAGCCAGCCCACCCCGACUCUCGGAACCAUGUUUGCAGACCUGGAUUAUGACAUCGAGGAGGAUAAACUUGGAAUCCCUACGGUGCCUGGGAAGGUGACCCUGCAGAAGGAUGCUCAGAACCUGAUCGGGAUCAGCAUUGGAGGAGGGGCCCAGUACUGUCCCUGCCUCUACAUUGUCCAGGUAUUCGACAACACGCCUGCUGCCCUCGAUGGCACAGUGGCAGCUGGCGAUGAGAUCACCGGUGUCAAUGGCAGGUCAAUCAAGGGGAAGACCAAGGUGGAGGUGGCAAAGAUGAUUCAGGAGGUGAAGGGGGAGGUGACCAUUCACUACAACAAGCUGCAGGCGGACCCCAAGCAGGGCAUGUCCCUGGACAUUGUGCUGAAGAAGGUCAAGCACCGGCUGGUAGAGAACAUGAGCUCGGGGACUGCUGACGCGCUGGGCCUGAGCCGGGCCAUCCUGUGUAAUGAUGGGCUGGUGAAGAGGCUGGAGGAGCUGGAGCGGACAGCAGAGCUUUACAAAGGGAUGACGGAACACACGAAGAACCUCCUACGGGCCUUUUAUGAACUAUCACAGACCCAUCGGGCCUUUGGGGACGUGUUCUCCGUGAUUGGGGUGCGGGAGCCCCAGCCGGCAGCCAGCGAGGCGUUUGUGAAGUUUGCCGACGCCCACCGCAGCAUUGAGAAGUUUGGCAUCCGGCUGCUGAAGACCAUCAAGCCGAUGCUGACAGACCUGAACACGUACCUCAACAAAGCCAUCCCCGACACUCGCCUCACUAUCAAGAAGUACCUGGACGUGAAGUUCGAGUACCUGUCGUACUGCCUGAAGGUGAAGGAGAUGGAUGACGAGGAGUACAGCUGCAUUGCCCUAGGCGAGCCCCUGUACCGUGUGAGCACAGGCAACUACGAGUACCGCCUGAUCCUGCGCUGCCGCCAGGAGGCCCGAGCCCGUUUCUCGCAGAUGCGCAAGGAUGUGCUGGAGAAGAUGGAGCUGCUGGACCAGAAGCACGGACAUCGUGUUCCAGCUGCAGCGCUUCGUGUCCACCAUGUCCAAGUACUACAACGACUGCUACUCCGUGCUGCGCGACGCGGACGUCUUCCCCAUCGAGGUGGACCUGGCGCACACCACGCUGGCCUAUGGCCUCAGCCAGGGCGAGUUCACUGACGGGGAGGAUGAGGAGGAGGAGGAAGAGGACACUGCGGCCAGGGAGCCGUCUAGGGACGCCCACGGGGCUGCUGGACCCCUGGACAAGGGCGGAAGCUGGUGUGACUCCUGAACACCCCGAGGUGUGAUCGGGGAAGGGCAGCGGGCGGGCUGCAGCGGGAACGGGGUGGGCCGUGGGCACCGUGGCGCAUAAAGCCUGCUGGCCCAGGCGCCUGCCUCCCUGCUCCUCUGUCCUCGCACAGCGAACCUGGGCUCCUGCCCAGGAACGGUGCCAGGCUGAGGCCCAGCCCUGGACACUGGCCCCAGCCUCCCUCACCUUCCCAGCCAGGGGGAAAGCGAGGCCUCUGGACCUGCCUUGGGAAGGAGAGGGCAGAAGGCAGAGGGGCUAGAGGUGGCGGAAAGCCCAGGACCCACCCGAGCCUGCCAGGAGCGCCGUGUCUCGGCACGCCUCCAGCCGCCCGCCAUCCCGCACACCUCGCGGCCUUUAUUUAUUUGUUCCCCAGCUCAGCCGUUUCUGGAACGGGGCUGGCUGCUGGGCCUGUGUCAAAUAAACAAACCAGACGGA